AUGUUCUCUGCCACCUUUCCUAAGCGCGCGCGCGAUCUGGCCCGCAACUACAUGGCCGUUGAUCACUACCGUAUUCGCGUCGGUCGUGCUGGUUCGGCCCACAAGAACAUCAAGCAGAUUGUCGUUUACACGGAUCAGAACAUGAAGAAGCAAGCCGUUUACGACUUGCUCUACGCCAUGGAGCCUGGUCGUACGCUCAUCUUCUGCAACUCCAAGCCGACCGUCGACAUUAUUGACGACUUUUUGUUCAACCGUGGCCUCCCAGUCACAUCGAUCCAUGGAGAUCGUCACCAGAAGGAGCGUGAGGAUGCUAUCCGCGCGUUCCGUACUGGGUUGUGUCCCAUCAUGAUCGCGACCGGCGUCUCCUCCCGCGGUCUCGACAUCGCGAACAUCAAGCACGUAAUCAACUACGACUUGCCUAGCGCCCAGUAUGGAGGUAUCCAGGAGUACAUCCACCGCAUCGGUCGCACUGGCCGCAUUGGCCAUCAGGGUCUUGCGACGUCCUUCUACAACGAUCGUAACGAGGAGCUCGGCCAAGAUCUUGUCAACGUCUUGGUUGAGUGUGAGCAAGAAGUGCCGGAGUUCCUCUCUCACCUUGCCCCUGAGGACGGUGUUCUCAAUUUUGACGAUGAUUCUGGCGAUGAGGCGGAGGGCGAGGGUGCUGGUGAGACUGGCGAUGCUAUCAACGAGAGUGGUGAUGGUGAGGAAGGCUUUGCUGUGACUGCGGGUGGUGCUUGGGGUGCUGCUGCAGGCGAGAAUAAUGCUGGUGGCUUCACUGCUGAUGGCGAUGGUGGUGUUGAGGCACCUGCUGGCUGGUAA